AUGAUUGUGAGGAACCUCACUACAGACCAACAUGCUCUUUUCGAAUUUCAGCACCGAAUCAUUGAUCCUCACAACAUCUUAGCCAAUAAUUGGACCACCACUACCUCUGUUUGCAAUUGGGUUGGUGUCUCUUGCGCUUCUAAGCAUAGGAGAGUCAGCGCUUUGAAUCUUCCCAACAUGGAUCUUGCAGGAAGUGUCCCUCCACAAUUGGGAAAUCUCUCAUUCUUGGUAUCUCUUGAUUUGAGUCACAACAAUUUCCAUGGCCACUUACCGAGGGAGUUGGAGCAAUUGAGUCGUCUGAAACUGAUCAAAUUAAGCUUCAACUUUCUUAGUGGAGAAAUCCCCUCAUGGUUUGGGAAAUUAAAAAAAGUUUUAUACUUGAGUCUCCUGAGCAACAAUUUGACAGGUACAAUCCCUCAAUCACUAGCUAAAAUGUCCAACUUGGAAAUCUUGGACUUGAGGUACAAUCUUGUUCAAGGGCACAUUUCACCCGAGAUAAGUGAUCUUAGGAAUCUAAGGAUACUUCGUCUGGCAGCUAAUCAACUUUCUGGCUCCAUACCUUCGGUCAUUUAUAACAUGUCCUCCCUAAAUAUGAUUUCUCUUGCAUCCAACAAUCUAUCUGGUAGUUUACCUGAAGAUAUAUGUCGUCAUCUUCCCAAUCUUGAGGUACUUUACGUGGCCUCAAAUGAGUUUUUUGGUCAAAUUCCAUCAAGCAUAGAUGAAUGCAGGAGUCUUCAAAAUUUAUCAUUAAGCUUCAAUAGAUUCAGUGGCAGCAUUCCAGGGAGUAUUGGAAAUUUAACAAGGCUCAAAAUGCUAUACUUGAGUCGAAAUAAUUUGGAAGGUGAAAUUCCAUGGGAGAUUGGGAAUCUUAUUUCAUUGGAGAAAUUAGGUGCAUCAUCUUAUGCGGUUAAGUGGGUUGAUUCCACAUUCCAUCUUCAACAUUUCUUCUUUGAAAGAAAUUAG